AUGUCAUCUAUCUAUGCAGCACUUAUGUUAUGGAGUGCCUUAUUAAUGUGUUUUUCUUAUUAUUUAGAAGAUACUAUCUUUCAUGGUACUAUUUAUGCUUGGUUUGUAGGAAUUCCUCUUAUUACCUUUGCUGUGUAUAAAAAAGAAAAAUAUCAAUAUGAUUUAUUAUUAAUGAAUAUCAAUAAAGCUGAAGAUCCUAAUCAAAUCGUUCUUCUUACUAAUUAUAUAUAAAAAUUACUCUCAAGAUAUCAAACUAAUUAACAUUUUCAGAUUAUGUUAGAUGCACUCAUUGAAGUACAUAAAAAUACUUGCUAAAAAGAAGAUUGUGUUUUUAGAAUUAAAAAACAAUUAAAUUAAAGAAUGAAAAAAUUAAAGGAUGAAAAUAUCUCUUAAAGAGAUUACUAAAUUUAAUAAUUACUUGGAGAAAUAUAUCAAGGAUUUAUAAGAAGACAUCAAAAUAAUGUAAAAUUAAGAAUUAAUUAUGCCUUUUAUCUACUUGAUUUUUUAAAAUAAAAAUAAUAAUCAUUAAAUGAAUUUAAUUAAAUUGAAUUUCUAUCACCAAGUUUAGAUAAUGAAUUUAUUAUUUUUAGAUACAAAAAAAUUAUUGAAGAAGAAAUGAAUAUUAUGUAAAAUGAAUCUAUCAAUGGUAAUUAAGAUAUCGCAAGUGAAUUAGCAUUUUAAAAUAAUAUGAGAUAAUUUUAAAAUAAAAUAGAAAGAGCAACAUUAAUGCAUAUGGACUUUUGGUCAUAAUUAUAAGAAGAUUCUCCUGAUUUAGGUAAAAUGAAUGAAAUCGGAUACAAAAUUAAUUUAGCUAUUCUUUAAGUUGAAGAUUUAUGGAAUAAAAUGUAAAAAUUAACUUAAAAUCUACCUAAAGCUAUGAGAUUAUAUGCUAAAUUUAUUAUUGAAGUACUUCAAGAUAAAGAUUUUGGAGAAGAAUUAUUAGAAAAAUCAAAAAUGCUAUAAAAUCAAAACAAUAAAAUGAAAAAUAAAUAAACAAUAUAAAUUUUUAGUAGUGAUGAUAUUAAUUUUGAACCAUUGCCAACAUUAUUAGUAUAAACAUCAUCAGAUAAAUUUGCUCAAAUUUGUAAUUUAAAUUUAAGUUUAUGUAAUUUGUUAGGAUAUUAAAAGACAGAACUAUUAAAUAGAAAAAUAAAUCUAUUAAUUCCUCAAAUAUAUGCUAAGUUUCAUGAUAACUAUUUAGAGAUGUUCUUACAGAGUAAUGAUUAAUAAAAGAUUUCAAAGGAGAGAUUAAUUUAUGUAAAAUUAAAGUCAGGAUACAUUAUGCCUUGUUAUUUAUAUAUGAAAGCAUUAUAAUCAUAUGAUGAAAAUAUUUUAAUUGCUGCAUAAUUUAGAACUUUACGUACUUUCAAAACAGGAUGUUACUUAAUUCUUGAUAGUGAUGAAGCAAUUGAAUGUAUUUCUUCUUCAUGUAUAUGUAACUUGUUUAUAGAUUAAAAAAUGAUAAGUCAUCGUAAAAUCUAUUUUCAUGAACUUUUUCCAAAUUACAAUAGAAAUGAAUAUUUAAAUAAAUCAGGUUGUGUAAUUAGUUUAAACUUGCUAUCAAAUAUAGUUUAAAAUUCAAAUUAUCUUUAAUAUUAUAUUAGUGAUUUAGAAGAUCAAACUUAGAUUUUAUUUUAAAUUUAAAUAACAGAAAUUUAAAAUGAGCAUUUAGAUUAAGUAAUGGGAUAUGUUAUAAAAUUAGAGAAAGUGGCUAAUGAAUAUAGUUAAAUUUUAAGUCCUGAUGUAUAAUAAUAAUUGGUGAUACCUAAUUCAAGCUUGAGUAAUUUUUAAUUCAAGUAUUUUCCUGCAAAAGGUUUAUAUCUUGGAGAGAAUUAAGAUGAAGGUAAUUCAGCUAGAGUUGAUUAAACAGUCAUUUGGGAAUAAUCAUCUAGAUUAAGUGAAGAAACAUAAGCUGAGAAGAAGGAAAAAGUUGAAGAGGUAAAAGUUGAAAAAAUAAAUUAUGCAGAAGGAAUUAGAACUUUAAAAUUAUUUGAUAAUAGAAUUUAAGACAUUGAAGACAUUCGAAUGAGUUUUACAGAAUCAGAUGAAGUCUAACAUUCAAGUGUUUUUUAAAAAAAUUAAGAUAAUCAAGAUGAUUUUGAGUAAGGGAGGACGAAUAAUGUAUUUAGAAAUAGAAAAACUUUAAAUUCCACAAUAAAUGAUUAAUAAAGGCCAAAAGUAAUAGUUUAUUUAAGCUGGACCAUCAAUAUAUUAAUGUUAACUGUUUUAACAUUAUCUUUUACAUCCUAUUUUUUAGGACUCUAAUUAUUUGAGAAUGUUCAAAAUUCAUUAAAUCUUAUUAAAUAUGCCAGUUAAAGAAAUCAAGAAUGUACUCAAAUAGUAAUGAAUAUUCAGAAUCUAGAAAUGUUGAGAAUUGGAAUAUGGAAUUUGACAGAAUCUGAAGCUCUUCAGUAUGAAGAAGAAUAAAGAAUGGAAUUGAAUAAUUCAAUUUUUGAAUUAAAAGAUGCGAAUAAAAAAAUUAUGUUAAAUGAUCUUUAUAUUAAUGAGCAAAUAGAAGAAUUGCAUUCAAAAAGUGUUAUCAAUGUAAGGAUUUCCUAAAAUAAUUUUGCUUAUUAUGAUUUAAUCGAAGCCACUUAAUAAAUCAUUAGUAAAGCUCUUAUAGUUAAAGAUAAACCUUUAAAUAACUUAACAUUAGAUGAUGAAGAUGCUACAUUUAUUACUUAUAAUUUACAUAAUGGAGUAAUAUUUUAAUAUCGUAAUGAGACAUCCUAAUAUUCAUUAGGAAUUUAAGAUAUUUCAGAGAAUAAUAUCAAUAUAUUUUUUAUUUUUAUGAUUGUAGCUGCAAGCUCCUUCUUCAUAUUAUUAUUAAUCCUUAUUAUCCUUAUUAUUUAGAUUAAUUAGAUAUAGGAACAAAUACUACAAUUAUUUAUGGAUAUUCCUGAAAAGACUGUUAAAUACUUGUAUAACAAAAGUGAAAAUUUUAUUUCGAAUUUAUAAGUAGGAGAAGAAGAGGAAGUAUCUUCUGAUUUCAGUGAAGAGGAAUAAGAUGAAAUAAAAGAACUUAGCAGAACUCUUAAAUCUAAAAGAAAGAAAAAAAUCUUUAAGAACACUAAUUAAUCUCACAGAACUCAAAUUCUAGUUAUUACAUUUAUACUUUUCGCAUUUUAAGGAUAUUUCUUAUUAAAUUAUUUUCUAAACCAAGUUACUUAUAAUAACAUAAAGUAAUAGAUACCUGAAUUGAAUGUAACAGCAAGAUGUGGAUCUUAUUAUAGAUUGGUAGAUAAUGGGGAGAGAUAAUUAUUUCUGAAUAGAGAGGAACCAAUUCUUCUAGGAGAUGCAUAUUCAGUGGUAAUGAAUAAUAUACAAUUGAAUUAUGAUGUUGAUUCAGAUUUGCAUUAGGAGCAUGCAAAGAAUUCUGAGAUAAUGAACUCAGAUUAUUAUAAUACAUUUUAGUAAAUUUUUAUGUUAAAUCCUUGUGAAAAAUUUUUUGAAUAAGGAUUCACAACUGUUGAAUAUUGUGAAACAUUUGCAAAUGGAUCAAUUUAAUAAGGAAUGGCAGUAGCAAUAGCAAGAUUUUUUGAGAAUGUUAGGUACAUAAUGACAAUAUAUGAUAUGUUUUAUGGACAUCCAGAGGUAAAUUUUAGUGUAGCAGCAAGGGGUUGGGGAAGAUUUCGAAAUAUAACUUAAAAUAGUGAUAAUGUAACUAAUUAUAUAUAUAAUUUGAAUAAUUUUAAAUAGACAAAAGAAUCUAGGGUAAUGUAGAAUGUAUUUAUAAAAGGUAAUUAAUUUAAUAAAUUAAAUUUAGCUGCUUUUAGAUAUUUAUUGGAUGAAUUUGUGAAAACUUUGAAAUCAGACAUAGAAAUGACUCAGACAUAAUUAUUGGCAGUAUUCAUAGUAUUUGAAGUGCUGAUAUUUUUUGUAUAUUUCAUAGUGUGGUUACCUGGAGAAAUAAAAAUGACAAGAGACAUUUAAAGAACAAAAGGAUUGAUAUUGAUGAUACCAUUGAGAGUGAUUUAAAAGAUUAAAACCAUAAAAGAAUUCAUUAGCUUUUUAGUCCAUAGUUAAGAUAAGUGAG